AUGGAUUUAAUUAAUAUCUCCAGGGAAGACUGGAAAGAGGCAGAAAACACCUCCUUUAAUUCCACAUCUGAGGACCAGUACACCCAGCUGGCUAUCUGGGGUCUGGCUGGACUCGUCAGCUUUCUUAUUCUGUUUACGAUAGUCGGGAACAUCUUGGUUGUGAUUGCUGUUCUGACAAGCAGAGCUCUGAAACCACCUCAGAACCUCUUUCUGGUCUCCCUGGCCAGUGCGGAUAUCCUGGUGGCCACGCUGGUCAUGCCCUUUUCUCUGGCAAACGAACUUAUGCACUACUGGUUUUUUGGCAAAAUCUGGUGCGACAUCUACCUGGCUCUGGAUGUUUUAUUCUGCACCUCUUCGAUUGUUCACCUGUGUGCCAUUAGUCUGGACAGGUACUGGUCUGUGACACAGGCGGUUGAGUACAACUUAAAGAGGACACCGAAACGAGUGAAAGGCAUGAUUGUGGUGGUCUGGUUGAUCUCAGCCAUAAUCUCAUUCCCUCCACUGAUAUCCCUGGACAGGAGCAGCAGUGAGGAGAAUCCCCAGUGCAUCCUGAACGAUGACACGUGGUACAUCCUCUACUCCAGCAUCGGGUCGUUCUUUGCUCCUUGUGUUAUUAUGAUCUUGGUGUACAUUCGAAUCUAUCAAGUAGCAAAAACCAGGACCAGGACGCUGUCGGAGAAAAGACGGGACAUGGAUUCACCCAUGGAGAAUGGGAUGGAUCAAACCGAACCAGGCAAAGGCGGGUCCAUAAAGUCUACUCAGGGUGGGAACCUGAAGGAUAAGCAACGUGAAAAUGGCCACAGCCAGGAACAAACGGCUGGUUCCUCUCAACCCACUGAGCCAAAACAUCAAGCAGCUGACCACGACGACGACUUUGAGGACAGCAGCUCAUCAGACGAGAAACCCAGGAAAUGUCUGGGUUCCUCAAAGCAUCAUCAGGAUGACAGGAAAGACAGAAAGUCCAGCCGGAAGAGCAGCUCCGCCUCCAAAUACUCGAGCAGGAAGUCACGUUCAAGUUCAAAAUCUAUGGAUUUGUUUUCAUCUCGUCGCAAGCGCAGGAGCACCGUCAAUCGGAAGAAGGUCUCUGCUGCUCGGGAGAAGCGCUUCACGUUUGUCCUCGCUGUGGUCAUGGGCGUGUUUGUGGUGUGCUGGUUCCCGUUCUUCUUCUCUUACAGCCUGUAUGGGAUCUGCCGCGAUCCGUGCAAGAUCCCGGAGAUGCUGUUCAAGUUCUUCUUCUGGAUUGGCUACUGCAACAGCUCACUGAACCCGGUCAUCUACACCAUCUUCAACCAGGACUUUCGCAGAGCGUUCCAGAAGAUCCUGUGCACGCCGUGGAAACGCUCCUUUUGAAGGCGCCCGUUUGGAAACGGUAGUUUAACCUGCAGACAUCAAAUUAAACGCUCCGAGUGGCUUGAUAAUUGUUGGCCUCGGGCGCUUUCACACUCCGACUUUCAGGGAUCGCAUACAAAAUGAAGGACUGAGCCACGA